AAACCCUCCCUCAGAUAAGACUCAGUCUCAAAUCAGAGCGCUGCAUUCAACAUCUACUUUACUGCCGGGAUCACCUGUGUUCUUUGAGAGUUGCUUCUGAAUUGUGAAGUGAAUUUCUUCAUUGCCAUGGGGUCUGAUCCAUAUUUAGUAUUUAAGAUCAUCGCACCUAUUGUUACCGUUUUUGUGUUUACGAUCUUCUGUGUUGGCUGCUGUAAAAUAUUCCAGCGGGUCUGUAAGGAGCAAGAUGAGCAUGUGCAGACUCAAGCUCGAGCCGUGGAUCCGCCCUCUGUUUACGUCAUUCCGAUCUCUCUGUCUGAAGAUGAUCUGCACAGACCACCGCGCUACAGCACAGUACAGUUCUACGAGUCGCCUCCUGCUUAUCACGAGUUGAAUCUGAAGCCUGAGGCCUGUCCUGUGGAAGCCCCUCCAGCAUAUUCUGAAUCCAUCUCUCCUUCACCCUCACAUUCAUGAUUAUGAGCGCAUCUCAAACACUUGGACUGGCUAAAGGAAAAAUAAGAAUCAUAUUCUCAUGACUUUUCCAAGGACUACUAUACUACUCAUGCUAUCUAUGCAAAGGUUUAAAUGGUGAGAAAGAAAAGUCACAAAG